AUGAACUUCGGCAGCCCCUACAUGCCGGCACGCGUGAAAGGGGUGGCUCCGCCUCCGCCACCUCCUUUGCGAUCGGGCGUUAGACCCAGCCGCAGAGAUCCAGACGAAGCUGCGGCCGAAGCUGCCCUGCAGCCAAAAUUUGGCCGACCGAAACCCAAGCCCACGAUGGCUCCACACCUGCAUCAUGCUCCGACGCCGACGCCACCCGGGACUGGCGAGCAGGAGCUGCUGCAGCUCGAGGAUGUUGUCUUCGACCAUCAGUUCGUUCCGGUCAACUUCGGCCGACCUGCGCAGCCGUACGCUCUCCUGAACCCUGAGAUGGCCACGGAGCAUCAGCAGAAUGAGCCAGACGAAGCUCCCGAACACGGAGGUGAUGGUGGCUUGGGUGGUGAGGCUGGACCAGAAGAAGCUCCGGACACGGGCAUGGGUGGUGAUCUUGAACACCACGGAUCUCAAGAGGCUCAAGAUCUGGACUCCGAGCUCAGCGAGCCCAAGGAGUAUCCUCAAUACGGUGGCGAUGAUGCUGGCAGCGUGCCAGAGCCGAAUGAGGAGGAGUCUCCUUUUGGCGGUGGCGGUCCUAUCCGGAAGUAUGAUCCGGAUGGCGACGUUGUGCUGCCUCCGAGUGAGUGGGUGGGAGCAGCACCACAUGUGGUGCCCGACGCGGCAGAUGAGACUUCUGAUGAGGAGGCGCAGCAGACGCAAGCGAACACGCAGGUGGCGGCCUUUGCUGUUGCCGCUUCCGAGGAGUGUAUUUCGCAUGAGGUUCUGGUGGAGCGUGAUCUCGGGUUGAACCCAGACCCAGACGGGGAUAGAAGUGGGAUAUCAGGCUGGGUAGCCACGCCACUUGACUCAGACAAUAGGCGUGCUGGGGCUGAUGCAUCAUAUUCACUGUCGUCAACUUCGUUUUGCGGGGAUGCCACGAACAGUGGCAUAUGGAGGCGGAACAAGCUUCAAGGCCUCCUUGUGUCGACUGGCACGAUGACGCAUGGGCGCCGUAUCGAGAGUCUCAACCAGUGUGAUCUGCAAGUGUGCUCGACUGGAACAGCCGCCAACAAUCUUGCGAUUGUGUUGAAGCAGCUCAACAGCAUCAAAGCGCCCACAUGGGACGAAUUUGCAGAGAUGACCAGGACAGGUGCAUUGCCCAAGUGCCACAUUCAUGUGUGGUGUCUUUCCGGCGAUUGUGGUUCCCUGCCUGAAGCAUCAACUGCAUCUGAUGUGCAAGGUGCAGAGGAAUAUUUCCUUCAUGCUGCUACUCCCGAUUACGUCGUGAGAACAUUCCUUGCAACCUUCGCCACGGGGGAGUACAAUGCCUACUUGGAACGAAACGCUCAACGUCAAGACCAGUCGGCGCUGGAACACGAUGUGGACGAACUGGGCCUGGAAGAGGCAGCUGAAUACCGAUCAAAGGUAACCAAGUGGAUCAAAGGCUCAUUGCUUUGCUUGCAAGAUACGCUGUUUUGGUUCCUCUUGCAAGUAUCUUUCAUGUCGCGGUCACCCUUCCGCCAUAUGUUUGCUAUCCUGAGCAAGUACAGUGGCCAUGCGUCGAGUAGAAUCCGCAAUCCGUGCACGGACUGUGAAGCGCAUGAACUGCCCAUAGUGGAUCUUGUUACGGUUCGGCUUGUGCAGCUUGAUGACGAAUUUCAUGACCUGCGCAACAACAUACCUUGCUGGUGCGAACGAACCCUUGCGUCUCUGCAAGGGAUGAUCUGCUGGGAUGCAAACCAUGCACUUUUACUGGAAGAUUUGCAGCAUAUGGCCAUGCGGGUGGUGAUGCUGAACCACGUGGCCGUUCCGUAUCUUCUGGAUGUUGAAGAAUGUGUGGCACGUGAGUUGUUGGACAGCAGCGAGCAAGUGCUCGAGUGCACGACACGGAAAAUCCGUACAUCAUGUUGGGCAGAGCUUGAAGAGGUCGCGGUGACGGGACGUCUCCGCAUGAAUGGCCGCCUCAGAGCUUCAUUGCUGCUCAGCGCUAGCAUGCUGCGACUGGAUGUGCAGGAGCUGGAGUCUUUAAACAGUAUGGUUAAACAUCAAGUUGCAAGAUCGGGCAACAACAGGAUCACACUGGAGCUCCUAUCUUCAAGGGUGCUCACGCGGAAGCUGCUGGCAUUGCAUGCAGUCGGCUGGCGAUAUAAGGACGUGGUGCCGGUCGCGGCGGCGUUUGCCAAAUCUGCCUAUCUGCAGCACGGGCCGCACAAAGAGUAUUUGGCAGAUGAAGCACGAUGGCACACUUGCGGAGAAGCGCGUCUCACACCUGCUGAUCCUGCAGUAUACAACCCAGCUGCGAGACCCACCCCAGAACACUCAUGGGCCCUGAAGUACAAUGCAACUUUCAUGAAAGCAGUGAGGGCACACAACAAAGAUCACUCGGACACUUGGAUUGCACUGCUGGUGCCAACAAGUCUUUGCUGUGAUCAUCAACCAGCGGAACAACAGGUAGCUGUCGCCAUGGUUUCCUUGGCUUUGGCCUUUUCGCUGAUGUGUCUGGCGAGAAGCUUUGUGAAAGAACUUGUGAGAAAGGAGACGGUGGAGCGCGUAGCUCCAGCUGAGGAAGAAGUGCCAGAACUCUGGUACUCGCCUUACGGAGAGAAAACCCACACCUCAGGAAGAUGUCAUGGCCUCAGGAACGCAACCAGCGUACACCGAGUACUACCAUGCAAGUACUGCUGUCCCGGCGGACUCCGAUCCCGGGAACAACGCACCUUCGAGUACAAGAGAACCUUUCUGGAAGCAGCAGGAAAGUACUUUUGGCUAAAAGUCUUUAUGGUUGUGGUUCUCGUGGGCAUGUCAUGGUUCAUGGUGUUUGAAGUGAACGAGACCUACGGCUACCCGUUGGCCACGAACCGCAUGCUGAACUACAGGAACAAGGUCCUCAGCCUCGACAACAAGAACCCCAAGAAGAAGCAUGUGAUAAAGGAGAUUACCCCAGCGGAUGUUAACGAGAACGAGAUCAACGUCACGAGCUACCUCAAGAAGACGAACGUGUACUCCGAGUUCUACAAGAACAGAAGUAAAGGAACAAAGUUGCAACUACAGUUUUCAUGA